AUGGCAUUUUCAAAAGUGUUGUACAGAAAGCAAAAGUUAUCAUGUUGGUGUUGUAAAAGGUUAAUCAGAGGGACUGCGAAAUAUGAUAGUCUUUAAAUAACCAUGAGCUAUAAAUAAGUUAUCUCCAGUCACCUCUUGCGUUGACAGACUGUAUAUAGACCGUCUCUUUUUUUUGCAUUAAAUCGUAAUACUACAUUUAGAUUGAUAGCUCUUGAAUCACGAGAUCAUUGUUGUCGUCGGCAGUUUUUUGUUGUCAUCCCUUCGGUUGAGUCUACGAAAAUUUCGCUCCAAAACCUAAGGACGAAGGUAUUGAAACAAUGGCUCAGAUCAGCAAAACAGUUACUUCGAAUGCUUCUAAAGGCGAAAAACGUGAAAGCCAAAUUUAUGAAAAUGUUUUUUCUGAGAUUGAAACGUUAGAAUUGCCACUUGGUACGAGUUUACGGUCUGUCUAUGAUGACCAGCCCAAUGCGCACAAACGAUUUAUGGAAAAACUUGAGGCUCGCAUUCGGAAUCAUGACCGGGAGAUUGAGAAACUGUGCAACUUUCAUCAUCAAGGUUUUGUUGAUGCUAUUACUGAAUUGCUGAAAGUGAGAUCGAAUGCAGGAAAGCUAAAGGUUCAAGUAACUGACACCAAUCGGCGACUUCAAGAUGCAGGAAAAGAGGUGAUUAACCAAAGUGAAGAAGUGAUUCGAUGCAGAGUGCAGCAGAGGAACAUUGCUACUACAGUAGAAAAACUUCAGCUCUGUCUUCCUGUACUGGAAAUGUACAGCAAAGUAAGAGAACAGAUGAAGGCCAAAAGAUAUUAUUCUGCUUUGAAAACUAUGGAACUUCUAGAAAAUACCUAUCUUCCACAGGUUUAUCAAUAUCGUUUCUGUCAGAUUAUGACUGAAAAUAUUCCCAGGCUGCGAGAACAAAUCAAGGAAAUUUCCAUGUCAGAUUUGAAAGAUUUCUUGGAAAGUAUUCGGAAACAUUCUGAUAAAAUAGGAGAGAUGGCCAUGAAACAAUCUCAACAGCAGAGAACUUUUAAUAGUAUUGUGAAGAAGCAAACCAAUACAAGCCAUGAAAGGAAGUUGUGCAUUGCCAGUGGUAUGGUUCCUGACCGCAUGGAUGAAACCAUGUUAGAACAGUUCCAGGAUGAAGAAGAAGAAUAUGAAGAGGAGGUUCUCACUGCCCAGGAUCUAGUGGAUUUUUCUCCUGUUUACAGAUGCCUACAUAUAUAUACCAUUUUGGGUGAUCGAGAAACCUUUGAAAAUUAUUACAGGAAACAACGAAGGAAACAAGCAGGACUGGUAUUGCAACCACAGUCAAACAUGCAUGAAACUGUUGACGGCUACAGAAAAUAUUUUAACCAAAUUGUUGGAUUUUUUGUGGUGGAAGAUCACAUAUUACAUGCAACACAAGGGUUGGUGACCAGAGCAUUUACUGAUGAGCUGUGGAACAUGGCGCUUUCAAAAAUUAUUGCUGUCUUAAGAACUCAUUCAUCGUAUUGCACUGAUCCUGACCUUAUUUUGGAGCUGAAGAAUCUUAUUGUGGUUUAUGCUGACACUUUACAAGGUUAUGGAUUUCCUGUGAACAGACUCUUCGACCUGUUACUUGAAAUCCGGGAUCAGUACAAUGAAACUUUAUUAAAGAAAUGGGCAAUUGUGUUUAGGGAAAUCUUUGAGUCUGACAACUGCAGUCCUAUUCCAGUUGCAAAUGAAGAAGAAUACAGAACGAUAAUAAGUCGAUUCCCAUUUCAUGACUUGGAGCUUGAAAAGCAACCUUUUCCAAAGCGGUUUCCAGUGUCUCAGUCAGUACCUGAGAUCUACAAGGAGUUCAAAGAGUUCAUUUAUGCAAGCCUUAAAUUUUCAGAGUCUCUUCAUCGAAGUUCAACAGAAAUAGAUGAUAUGCUCAGAAAAUCUACCAAUCUGCUGCUAACUCGAACUCUGAGUGGAUGUUUGCAAAGCCUCAUCAAGAAACAGCACAUAGGUUUGACUGAACUUGUACAAAUCAUCAUCAAUACAACGCAUCUGGAACAGGCCUGUAAAUAUCUUGAGGAUUUUAUAACCAACAUCACAAAUGUUUCCCCAGAAACUGUGCACACCACACGACUUUAUGGACUGUCCACAUUCAAGGAUGCUAGACAUGCAGCAGAAGGAGAAAUAUACACAAAGCUUAACCAUAAGAUUGAUGAGUUCGUACAGCUGGCUGACUAUGAGUGGACUAUGACAGAACCCAAUGGUCGAGCCAGUGGUUAUUUAAUGGAUCUUAUAAAUUUUCUCAGAAGCACUUUUCAAGUUUUUACGCAUUUGCCUAAUAACGUCAGUCACCAUGCAGCAAUGUCGGGAAAGGUAGCCCAGACAGCAUGCAUGUCAGCCUGUAAGCACCUAUCCACAUCUCUAAUGCAACUGCUUCUGGAUACUGAGGUCAAGCAGAUAAGCAUGGGAGCCAUUCAGCAGUUCAACCUGGAUGUUAUUCAGUGUGAAUUGUUUGCUAGCUCGGAGCCAGUGCCAGGAUUCCAAGGGGACACCCUGCAGUUAGCAUUCAUCGACCUCAGACAACUCCUUGACCUGUUUAUGGUGUGGGACUGGUCAACAUAUCUAGCUGAUUAUGGACAAGCUACAUCCAAGUAUCUGAGGGUGAAUCCCAGCACAGCUCUGAUACUCCUUGAGAAAAUCGACAGAGGAAUGAAAGAGACAAACAAAAAGAACAAUAUAUUUUCUCAGUUCAGAAAAAAUGACCGUGACAAGCAGAAACUGAUUGAGACAGUCGUGAAACAACUGCGUAGUUUGGUGAAUGGUAUGGCCCAACACACAUAAGACUGUUGUCCUGAUUAUAUUAUUGCUAGCCUGUAUCAGUCUUCAGCCAGCAUUCACAUACAACAGACUGCCAAAAGACUUUCUUAAGGAUGAGACUGCAUCAAGUACAGAAUGAAUCAUUCAGGAAUGUAAAGGGUAGAGUGGAAUAAAAGUAAGAGAAAUGGGUGGCAACUCUUUUGUAUGUAUUUUUCAAAAUAUGCAGAAUUUGGUGUGUUGAGAUUUUGAGUACGUGCAAUGGCCUUUACUCAAUACCAGAAAUGUUUGUCAUGUUUCAAAACAACUGGAAAAAUGAACUAGAAAGCUAAAAACUAGAGAAUAUUCUCAAUUGUUGGGCAGUAUCAACACAGAAGAAGUUGGAUUGGAUAAGUUAAUAUUUCACACAAGUUUUUACUAGUUGCAGCUGCAGUAUCACUUUGCUUUAGUCUAGCAUAACACUGUGCUCUCUCAUUUUGUGCAAUGGGUCAAAGGUGACAUUACUUACUAAAUAAUUUUUUAAAAAUUAGCCAUGGUGUUCCAAUCUUGCAUACAGAGUUGGCUGUUGUUUCUGUUUUACUUUUUUUAUUAAACAGAUAUUUUGUAUGUUUUACCAUUGUUGGGUUAAUGUUCAGUCUAACUUGGUUUUCAUUAUUCACAUUGUGAAAAAAUGUUCAGGACUGUUUUAUUCACAUUACAGAUGUCACUGCACAAAAAUUUUGUAUUUUUGAUUUUUACUCAGGGCUGUACUAUGUGAAUUUUGUUGGGUAUUUUGCAGAAAUAUAAAAAUGAACUUGAAGCACUAGCCUGUAGCAAUCACAAGUGAUAUGAAAUUACUUUUGAUCUGCUUCAGCAUAUUUCCCUUCUUUCUGUUUGAUACAUUUCACGUGAGACGUAGACUAUUGAUGAAUAAUGAUGCUGGUUUUGUUUUGAUUGUUCCUCUGCACUCCCAAUAGGAAAUGUAGUGUAUAGUUGUCUUCACUAUCUUACUGUAUGACCUCUUUGUUGACUCCUAUUUGUAAGACAGGCAAAAAUGAAGGAAAUUUAAUUAUGUAAAUUGAUCAAUUGCAGUACUUUAUUCUUACUCUGUAAUAAAAGUAACCCUGAGCACUUUUUAAUUGCUA